CGAUUUGUGAGUCGGUGACGCCACUCGAAAGAGAUCUUGCACGAGAGCCCCAUCGUUCGUCCGUUUUCAUACGUGGCAAUCCAUCCACCCAUGCUGCAGCUCCAAGACUACUAGUCGAACUUGAUCGCCAUUUGCGAUUUUCACCGCAAUCGUCGACACACUUGACCAGAACACAAACAUGCGCGUGAUCGUGACAGCAGCAGCCGUUUUGGUGGCCGUAGUGCAGGCAGCCCACACAUCCACGUCGAUCCUCGUGGGGGCCAAGGCGUCCGCAACCGGAGCUCCUUUGACGGCGCAUUCAUUGGACUGCCCCGACUGCGACUUUCGCCUCGUCAAGGUGCCUGCGGUGCAGUACACGGAAAGCACGAGCUCCGACUUGACGCGCAAUGUGUUUUUGACGUCGUCUCAGUAUCCCCGUCACGUUGGGAAUGACCGAGGGCCAGCAUAUUCGGUGGACAACCUCAAACAACCUGGCGAGUUCUUCAACUGGACGGAUUCCCCCGCGAUCGCGCAAAUCCCUCAAAUCCGAGAAACAUACGCGUACCUGGAUGGGGUCGUGGGCAUUGUGAACGAACUACAGCUAUCGUUUGGCCACAGCAGCUGCGGCGCCAAGCUGGCGGCCCGCCCCGUAUCGCAAGGCGGGAACGCUGCGUUUGACAUUGCCGAGCUCACGCGGGUGGCUCUUGAGCGCACGGCUACUGCGCGGGACGCCAUUGCAUUGAUGGGCAAACUCGCGGAAACGUAUGGGUUCUACGGGUCGUCGUGGGGCGGGGACGACAUCUACUCGGGCGAAGCGCUGACCGUGGCAGAUGAAACCGAAGGCUGGAUCUUCCACAUUCUGCCAGACGACUCGGGGGCGUCAGCGGUAUGGGCGGCGCAGCGCGUGCCCGACACGGAUGUGGCGGUGGUCGCCAACCAGUUUGUGAUCCACCAAGUGAACGUCACCGACUCGGACUGGUACAUGGCGUCUAGUAACGUGCAUGACGUGGCAUCGCGAAACGGCUUGUGGGACGAAACCGCCGACACGUUUGACUUUGCAGUGGUCUACGGCCACUUGCCAGAGUCCACCGUGGGUUCGACCCGUCGCAUGUGGCGCGUAUUUUCCCUCGCCAACCCGACGCUCGAGCUGUCGCCUGUGGCCGACCCCUACGCCAUCACGUAUCCGUUUUCGGUUCCGGUGGAAGCCGAGGUGACGUUGGCUGCCAUGGAUUUAAUCCGGUUCCAGCGCGACCAUUACGAAAACACCGAGUUUGACUUGACUGUGGGCGUGGCCGCUGGACCGUAUGGCAGUCCCGAUCGAUUCGCGGUGGACAGCGAAACUGCUCUGAAUGGACGCUUUGAAACGCCGAUUGGCGGUUCCACGUAUUCGUAUGUGGUCACGUUGGACCCGACGUCGGCUUUCAACUCGUUGCUAUGGUUUGCCCCACAUGCCCCGUCGGCAUCCACGUAUAUCCCAGUGUUCGUCAAAGCGACGGUCGUCCCCGCUGUGAUCGGCACCGGGUCGUUGCGCGAGUUUGACAUUACGUCAGCGUACUGGUUAAACUCGUUGCUAAGCAACUACGUGGGCCGGUGGUUUGAACACGUGUAUCCUGUCGUGGCAGAAGCCAGGGCGCUGGCCGAGUACACGGCCGACACUGCCCAAACUUCGGUUCAAGUCGCGGUGCAAGAAGUCAAGGACAAAGUAGGCGAUGCCGCCGCCAUUGAUGUCUUGACCAAGACGACCGAGAGCUUCGCCAACGAUGCACAGGCAGCGACGAUGAACUUGCUGUCGGACGUGAUCACGCGCUUCCACGACGGAUUCCUCGUGUCGGGGUUCGAAAAUGAAGUCCUCGAGGUGCAACCCAUGAGCUACCCCGAAUGGUACUUGGACUCGGUGGGGUACUACCCCGAAGCCGCUGACGCGACGACAGAAGUCUCUACUGACGAUACCGAAGAGCCCACUACGACUAUCCCCGCCGCCAUUGCCAAAGUGGUGGGACCUAUCGUCACGGCCGGCUCCACCGCAGCCAAGGCCACAUCCACGAAUAUGACGACGGGAACAAGCUCAGACUGCCCUGACAUCUCGUCGACCAAGAACAAUACGUGGGGCGCGGUUGUGAUCAUCGGCUUUGCGGCCAUGCUCGUGGCUACUACGGCGCUUGGGUACAUCUUCGGCAAACGCCAGGCGUUGACUCGAACCCGCGGGUAUGCCUACAUUCAAUAAGCAAUCGGUUGGGAAGUAGACGCGUAGAAGACGUUUAUAAUGUAUUUCAAACGCGUUUAAAAUAAGAGUAUUUUAUGUACCAC